AAAUAGCAAUUGCGAUAGUCAACAUUAAUCAUUACAUGUUGGGUCCAGGUGCUUAUUCUAAGUCCUUUACUCUUAUCCGUUUGUUUACUUUCACAACACAUUUAUGAGAUAGUGGCUGUUCACGUCCCUAUUUUCCAGAUGGAGAAAGUUGAGGUGCAGUUACGAAUCUAACUAAGGUCACAGAGCUAGUGGAUGGUAGAGGCAGGGAGCAGACACAGACCAUCUGGUCUUUGGUCCUGGAGCCUGAGCUCAUCACUGCUGCACUAACUCCACUAUCUCAGGGCACACCUGUGCGUGGCACCAACAUUCGUGUGAACUGAUCUUCCCAACCACCAAGUCUCUAUCACACUAAGUAUCUUCACAGUGAUACAGAUAAUGAGUAAACAGAGAGUCUCAGACACUAAAAACAACCCACCGUUGCAGGAGAGGGAAAAUAGGUAUGUCUGUGCAUGUAUGCAGGUUUAUCAAGUCGAACAUGUGCUUCCAGGUCUUCCUGACGGACCAACAUUAAAAAGAAAAGAAAAGCGAGAAGUAAUGAUGUUAAGAUAGUCAGGAGUUUUGUUAUGCUACUUAAACGAAAUGUACCAAUCAGCCCAAUUGUUUCAUCAUCAUGGACGUGUUUUCAUUUUAAAAGUUUCAUCCAGUUGUAGUACCUAGAUCAUAAUGGAAUCUAUAGCGUCCUCAAGAAUGCGGCCUCAUUGGGUGUGUUUUCCAAGUAGUUAUGUCCGCUUUUCACCUUGCAAACUGAAAUCAAACAUUGUCGAGAGCACAGGCAUUUCUGAAACAACACAUUACAUAUGUUCCUGAAAAACCUCGCAUGCUGCAGAACCACACUAAAAAUAAAAGGACUUGUGGGAAGAAAAUGUGUUAGGGUAAAAACCAGUCGACACCCUGAGCGCCAACAAAAGCAGUAACAAUCAUAAAAACUGUAUAAGCUUGUUAAGGAGACCAGUUGAAUUCUGAGGAAUCCUGCACGAAAGCAAUUAUAAGCCUGACAUUAGGGGAAAGGGUGAAAGCAGUUUGAUGGGAAGGGGCUAUAAGAAAGUGCUGAGCCUGCUGAGUGUCGGAGACGGGGAAAGAAAUAGAGGACAAGCGUAGUAAGUACUUCCGAGAUAGGACACAUGGUCAAACGGAGCUAGGAGGAAGACCAUGGGGUAGAUGGAGACCCAGCAUGACUACUCCUCUAGACCGACUUUGUUCACCUCUUUAUGACUGUGUCUGAGCCAGUUCACAUCACAGAAAUACACAGUAUUUAUCUGAAAACAGAUAAAAAACCAAAAUGGCUUUUUAUGGGGUAAGAAGGAAUUCCAUUUCUCAUUUCACUCCUUUCACAAUAAUUGUUAUAUUUUCAGUAAAUAUGUUUUUAAAGGACCAAGCUUCUAAGGAACUAUUUUAGUAAAAAACAAAACAAAACAAAAAACCCCAAAAAAACUAUGAUGGCAAUUACGGAAAUAGCUGCAGGAAAUUGUUUUAUAUAUCACAGGAGCAAAAGAUUGAAAUGGUUAUCUGAUUUCCUCAUGACUGACAUGACCUGCCAUCAGUGGUAAUGAUAUUGAAGACAUACUAACUGCGUGUAUUCAAGUUUCAGUGAUAAUCACACUAGAGAGUUUUAAACAUAGAGAUUUAGGAUUUAUAGUCCCAAAACUUUUGCUGUAUAAAGUAUGCUGUAAGCAUUUUGCUAUAAAAACUGAGAAUCCCAUAAUGCUAAUUCUCAGAGAUAAAAUCUCCCUACUAGAGUAUACUAAACUCUGCUAUCACUUCAAAGAUGUCAGAGAAUUGCUCCCUAUUCCAAUGAAAAAAGAUUGUGAAUCACACCCCUAUUAUUCUUAAUAAAGAAUUAAUACAGUUUGUUAAACUGUAAUUAUCAGUAUUAAAUACAAUUGUGGCAAUUAUUAUUAAACAUAGUUUGAAUCGGUACCGUGGCUCUGACGAGGUAGUUGCUAUCAGGUGAAGGGGGAUUUCUGGCAUUUUGGGCCCUAGCAUUGACAUGGCCAUUGCCUUUAUUUGGGAUUUUUCUUGUUUCUUGAGAUAGGCCUGGACUGCGAUGUAUUUUCCUCUCAGGACUGCCUUCGCUGCAUCCCAAAGCAUCUGGAUUGUUGUAUUUUCAUUUUCGUUUGUUCCAUAUAUUUUUUAAUUUCUUCUCUAAUUGCCUGGUUGACCCACUCAUUCUUUAGUAGGGUGUUCUUUAACCUCCACAUGGCCAUUGCCUUUAGAGUUGAUUUCUUUGUGUUUGUGCUGCUGAAGUGAGCACUGGAGUUGACUUCGUUGUUGUGGGAAGAUUAACAGUAUGGGCUCUCUAGUUACAAAAAUUCAAGGUAAGUAUCCCCUACUCUUCAUCCAGAUAGAAGAUGCACCUUACACUUGCAUGUAAAUGCAGUCAUGGAAGGUGAACACUCUCUGCUGUGACAUAAACUGGAGUCAGCUUUCCCACGUCUGGGCUUCUGAAGCAAGAGAAAUUACUUUCCAAAAGGAGAUUUUUAGCAAGAGAGUUGGAGCAUUCUGACUCCCACAAGGUGUUAUGUAAUAGUGAGAACCCAAAAUCUGGGCUCGGUUAUGAUUGAAUAACCGAUGUUGUGGGAAAUGGAUUAUGGACCCUUGAUUGCUCCCCGUGGGGCCUAGAGUCUUUCCUGGGCUGUGGUAUUGAGAAGUAAGAUCAGAGGAGUAUGUCCUCACUGUCCUUCAGACCCCAUAUGCAGUCAGUAGCCAAGGGCUGUAGAUUUUUCUAUCUGAAAUACUUCUGGAAUUGAUCCACUUUUUCAUCUUCAGGGUCACUAUUUUAGUCCAACCCAGAUCAGCCACCUGUCCAACUCUGCCACAUUUCUCAUUCUCCGUUCCAAAUAAUCUUUAAAAAAUACAACCUAAUAUGUUCACAUCCUUACCUCUUAGAUUUCAGUUAGUUGCCCUUGGAAUAGAGUUUUCCUUUGUUUAGCAAGGUUUGGAGAGCCCUCCACAAUUGUGACCUCUCACUGUCUCAGCUCCCUCCACCGUCACCCUGCUCUCCCUGACCCCAUGCUCUAGCCGUUCUGGAAUUAUUUCAGUUCCUAGAACAUGGCUAGGUCUGUCUUGACCUCCAAGAAUGCUGUUCUUUCUGGAACUCUCUUCACCUGCUUCAGGGUCAUAGCUCAGCUCAGAUGUCUCUUCCUCCUGGGACUGGGUUUGGAUCCCUGAUUUGCACUCCUAGAGCACCAUGCACUUCCCCUUUCAUUAGCACGCAUCACACAUGGAACUGAUGUGUCAGAAAUGGUUCUCCUGCUGGAUUGUAGACUCCAUGAGGGCAGGUGAUGUCCUUCAUUCACUGCUCUGUCCCUGUGUCUGUAAGAAUUCCCGACACACAGUAGGUCAUCCAUAAAUACUUGUUGAAUAGAAUGAAAAGUGAAUGCAGUAGAAGGUAAUCCGGUGUAUCAAAGAAUCUGUGGGAGUGGAGAUUAUAAAAAAGAAAAUGCAAAUAGCUCAACUCAAGUAUGUUACAAGCCAAAAGGUUCAUGAGCUUUAACUUUUCAGAGGUCGUCGUUGACUUGAGCAAGGUGCAUGGCAGUAACCCAGUGGAAGCAAAGGCCAGGGAGUUGUAGACUUAGGAAUUACUAUUUUGUAAGGAAGUGAACCCAGCACAUAAGGCCUGAUCUUUCAAGAAGUGUGACCAUAAUGAGCAGAGACAAUGGCGAGGCGAAGGAGGCAUGGUGAGAUGAGAGAGUCUGACAUUUGCUUGCUUUUUUUGUUUUUUUUUUCAAACUUAGUCCUGGAGUAACUUGGACAUUCUCAACCAGUUUUUCUAGUACUUUGUCCUGCUUUCCUGAUAUAUCACAGAGGAAUGUCCUAUAAAUAUUUCCUACUGCAAAAUGAAAAGAAACACAUUUUGAAAGUUUGACUUACGGAGUUUUAAUUUUUUUCAAUUUUUGAAGAACAAAAACUGAAGAUUGUCAGCCUACCUGCAAAAUAAGCUCUUCCCUUGACAUCGGUUUAUGAACGUCGUGAUUAGUUUGUGCUGCUGUGUGCAGACUCUACCCUUACCAGGGCACUUUGUGUUUCGAGCCUCUUUUCUCCCUUCAGCACAUCAAAUGAAAGAAAAUAGCCUAAACUUUUGAGCCUCUGGAUCGUUGGGGAUUGUGUCGUCUGGCUGUUGGGAGGAUCGAUGGAACAGUUCCCGUGAGGCUUGACUGUAAAUACAGAAUCCCCAGCCACGUGCCAGGCACGUCGUAGGAAACACCGCAGUCACCAGUACCUUUGAUCUGAUAGUGGCUUCUGUUUGUCAGUCCCGCAUAAAAAGAACAGCUCAUCGGGAGGCUAUCCACAGCAGGGCGAGAGGCUACCAACACCAUGUUCUGCACGAAGCUGAAAGAUCUCAAGAUCACAGGAGAGUGCCCUUUGUCCUUACUGGCACCGGGGCAGGCUCCCAAAGAGCCUGCAGAAGAGGUAGCAGGAAGCUCAGAGAGUGGCAAAACAACUCUGCCCAUCUGUCAGGAUGUUCCUGAGAAGAAUGUACCAAGAAGUCUUCCUCAAAGAAAGACCAGUAGGAGCCGCGUCUACCUUCACACUUUAGCAGAGAGCAUUUGCAAACUGAUUUUCCCAGAGUUGGAGCGGCUGAACCUUGCACUUCAGAGAACAUUGGCAAAACACAAAAUAAAAGAAAGCAGGAAAUCUUUGGAAAGAGAAGACUUUGAAAAAAUAAUUACAGACCAAGCAAUUGCAGCAGGAGUUCCAGCAGAAAUCAUCAAAGAAUCUCUCGGUGAAGAGCUUUUUAAAAUAUGUUAUGAGGAAGAUGAACACAUCUUAGGUGUGGUUGGAGGAACCCUCAAAGAUUUUUUAAAUAGCUUCAGCACCCUUCUGAAACAGAGCAGCCACUGCCAAGAGGCAGAAAAGAGAGGCAGGUUCGAGGACGCUUCCAUUCUAUGCCUGGAUAAAGAUCACAAUUUCUUAAAUGUUUACUAUUUUUUCCCUAAGAGAAUCACGUCUCUGAUUCUUCCUGGCAUCAUUAAGGCAGCUGCUCACAUUUUGUACGAAACAGAAGUGGAUGUGUCACUGAUGCCUCCCUGCUUCCGUACUGAAGGCAGCGAGUUCGUUAAUCAACCCUAUUUGUUAUACUCGCUUCACGUCAAAAGCACCAAGCCAUCCCUGUCCCCGGGCAAGCCCCCGUCCUCGCUGGUGAUUCCUGCUUCCCUCUUCUGCAAGACCUUUCCUUUUCAUUUCAUGUUCGACAAAGACAUGACAAUUCUGCAGUUUGGCAAUGGCAUUAGAAGGCUGAUGAACAGGAGAGACUUUCAAGGAAAGCCUAAUUUUGAAGAGUACUUUGAAAUUCUGACUCCAAAAAUCAAGCAAACGUUCAGUGGAAUCCUGACCAUGUUGAACAUGCAGUUUGUGGUCCGAGUGAGGAGGUGGGACAACUCUGUGAAGAAAUCUUCCAGGGUGAUGGACCUCAAAGGCCAGAUGAUCUACAUUGUUGAAUCCAGUGCAGUCUUGUUCUUGGGCUCACCCUGUGUGGACCGAUUAGAAGAUUUUACGGGACGAGGGCUCUACCUCUCAGACAUCCCGAUUCACAAUGCACUGAGGGACGUGGUGCUGAUAGGGGAGCAAGCCAGGGCACAGGACGGCCUGAAGAAGAGGCUGGGCAAGCUGAAGGCCACCCUUGAGCAGGCCCACCAAGCCCUGGAGGAGGAGAAGAAGAAGACCGUGGAUCUCCUGUGCUCCAUAUUUCCCUGCGAGGUUGCACAGCAGCUGUGGCAAGGGCAAGUCGUGCAAGCCAAGAAGUUCAGUGAUGUCACCAUGCUCUUCUCAGACAUCGUUGGGUUCACCGCCAUCUGCUCCCAGUGCUCUCCGCUGCAGGUUAUCACCAUGCUCAAUGCACUCUACACUCGCUUUGACCGGCAGUGCGGAGAGCUGGAUGUCUACAAGGUGGAGACCAUUGGCGAUGCAUAUUGUGUGGCUGGGGGAUUACACAAAGAAAGUGAUACCCAUGCUGUUCAGAUAGCACUGAUGGCCCUGAAGAUGAUGGAACUGUCUGAUGAAGUUAUGUCUCCCCAUGGAGAACCUAUCAAGAUGCGGAUUGGACUACAUUCUGGGUCAGUUUUUGCUGGAGUCGUCGGCGUUAAAAUGCCUCGUUACUGUCUUUUUGGAAACAACGUCACCUUGGCAAACAAAUUUGAGUCCUGCAGCGUACCACGGAAAAUCAACGUCAGCCCGACAACGUACAGAUUACUCAAAGACUGUCCUGGUUUUGUGUUUACCCCUCGAUCAAGGGAGGAACUCCCACCAAACUUCCCCAGUGAAAUUCCUGGAAUCUGUCAUUUUCUGGAAGCUUAUCAACAAGGAACAAAUUCAAAACCAUGGUUCCAAACGAAAGAUGUUGAAGAUGGCAAUGCCAAUUUUUUAGGCAAAGCCUCAGGAAUAGAUUAGCAAAAUGUAAACCCGGUUAUUAGGCUUGGGUUUUGACUCCUACGAGCAUGUGUGGAAUCUCUGAAAGCACUUUAAGAUUGCAGAUGACUAAGAACAAUAUUCAAAUUUCAGGAGCUAAGUCACCAUCUACUUUUUCUUCCAUUUAACGUGACAAAAAUGUAUUCACUUCAAUACUUCAAGUCUUCAGAGAAAAAAAAAGGAAUGAAGCCUCAAAAAUGACAUUUGGGGGAUAUUUCUGUUACUAUAACAAACACUUAUUACCUGUACUCAAAACUCAGCACCUUGUACAUAUAUCCGGUAAUUGUAGUGACAUGACUUGCACAAACUGAUGGGGUUACCUGCAGUCUGUGCCCUAGUGGAAUGGUUGUUAAAGUGUAUUUGUGAUAGUGUUGCCUUAAAAAAGCUUUCUGAAUAGAAAUGAUAGUCUUUGAUACCAUAAGCUCUUUGAACCUUUCAAGUCUGCCUUUUCUUACAUUUCUUCAUUUAACUGUUGGCAUAGAUAACAAAAUAGGUUGAGUAUUUUUUCUGUUGCACUGUUUCUUCUCCAUUUUUUAAGAAGAUAAGCAAUUAUGGGUUAGAUGCAAUAUGAAUAUAAAAUAGUUCCUCUAUAAAUAUCAAAGACUGUUUUAUAAAAAUAUCUGCCAUAACAUAAUGUGUCAUAUCAAUAAAUAUCGACUUUUGUUUGACAUUAUUCUGCACUUUGGUAAAGGCUAUUUUCAUUCAUGUUAGCAAUUUAAUUCCUAUUAAUUCAUAUCCAGGAUACAAGAGGCUUAUAGCCAAUAUAAAAAUGCAAUAAUAUCAUUCUAAUUUAAUUAGAAGUAACAUGGGAGUAAUGUAAGAAUCAGAGAAUAUACCAUGAAGUACAGAAGUAAAACAUUUAAACACACACACACACACACACACACACACACACACACGUAGAGUGAUUUGGAUCUAUUUCAGCAGCCAUUCUGCAUUGCCAUGUUGAGUUCUAUAAAGUUCCAGUGAGAAAUUUAAGUUCAAAAGUGGGAAAUGAGACUUGUUCUUUUUGCCAAUAGCUUAUUUUUUAAGUAUUUGUGUUGGACACUUUGGUGUGUAUGUAUAUCCUAAGAAUCAUCAAGUUUUUUUGUCUAAUCAAGUACACAUCUGUGAAUUUUUCUAUUCUAUUUGAGAUAUCGCAAUGUUAUUUUUUAAAGAGAAUGUUAGUAUUGAUGAAAAUGAUUCUGCGACUUCAUUAUGGAAAUUCUAAACAUUUUUCUGGAGCCGGAACUUUUUUUUUUUUAAUGACAUUAGCCUAAGCUCUCUGAAGAAGAGAGUAAUCUACAGAGUUUGGUUUUGGAUAAGGAUUUGAUUUUUAAAAGAGCUCAGUUUCAAAGCAGGAGAAAGAUGAACAUUGCAAUCUUUAAAUCAGUAUUAGCAGAGUCAUUGAUACACUAGCCUGGUGACCUCAGGAAUAAAAAGUCACCAUUCAUUGACCUCUAGCAUCCCCAGCUUUCUACUACAGAUAUGGCAAUGAUUAUCAUUUAUUAAAUGAUAUCCCAACAUCUUGAAGCACUGAUUAUAUCUCACUAAAUACCAAUCCUAUUAUUGGAAAGUAUCACAGGUCUUGGGAAAACAGAAUUUUGGAAUGAACCCUUAUCAUAGCAAAAUAAUAAGAAUUAAGGGAUUAAAGGAAAUUAAAAAGCAUAGAAUAAAAUGUUUUCUUUAUCAAAUUUUUUUUUUAAUUUUUUUUUUUCA